UUUUUAGCACAAAAAAAAACCAAGCCAACCUGUUGAGCGUCAGUGAAGGCAGGGUGUGGGCGCACAGAGUGGAGAAAAGUCACUGCGGCUGCUUCUGAGUCACGUAUCCGUCCGCUUGUGAGAAUUUUCCGCGUGUUUGUCGCUGCUUGAUUCAACGAGUCGGAGCCUCAAGCUGAAAAGAUGUCGAAGACCUGCGCUUUGGUGUUGAUGACACUUGUGUCCCUGGUGUUUGCAGAAGAACAGAGCACAGAUGACCCCUUCACCUUUGACUACCACAGGCUGCGCGUCGGAGGCCUCAUUCUAGCUGCUGUCCUCUGUCUCAUCGGCAUCACCAUCCUGCUCAGUGGCCACUGCAGGUGCAAGUUCAACCAGAACAAGAGAAGGAGGACAGGAAGCAAUGCUCAGCAGAUGCUCAACGACCAAGGCCGUUCCUGCGACUGCUAGGUGUCGACCAGAACACAGCGAUGUCCCAAACCUGCAACCGACAGACAACACAGAGGAGAGGCAGGAAUCGAGACACCUGACAAGAUGCUUUUUGUUGUUUAUUUAGAGAGAUCAACGGGAAGUUGAUCAGAGGUGUAAAGCUUUCUGUCUGAUCUGCUGUCUGCGCCACUACACAAGCAGCCAACUCGGACGUAGUACAUUACACUUUUGUCACUUUCAUUUCAGUCAAUUUAUUAUUAUUAUUUUUCUUUUUUUUUUUUUGUUUGUUUUUUUAGUUUUAAGAAAACCCUGACUUAAACCGACCACUAUAUCGAUCCCUUUGAGAACUCCUUCUACAGCUGAAAUGCUUGGUCGUUCACUGGUAAAUAUUUGUGUUAACAGAUUUUACUGAUUGAAGUGAAAGUGACUUCACGCUGCAGUAACACAAACCUAUUUACCAAAAGAGUAAGUGUCCGCAUACUGUAGGCUGUGUCUCACACUCGUCUGUACUGUAUGUGAAAGGUAAACGUUCAUGUAGAUGUUAGACGCUUAAUGUGACCAACCUAACCCGCCGUCUGUGCUUUCGUGUCAAAUAUAUGAAAUCCACUUAGUCAUGAGUAAUUUAGAGUGGUGUUGACAAUUCAUGCGUUUAGCUUUAUGGAGGAAUGUAGUGGAUUGCACUGUUCUGAGAGUCAUGUUUCUAUAAAAGAACCGUUGAAACAA